AUGACAACUCUGAACAUUCUCUGUGUUGGCGACUCGUUGACGGCUGGAUCAACGGCAGGGAUGGAACACCCAUACGCACUGAAGUUAAGAACCAGGCUCCAACAGGCAUUCCCGGACCAUGAAAUCGAGUGCCAGGUCGAAGGCAAGCAUGGAGAUCAAGUCACUCAAGGCGGCUUCGACGAACGACUUGAGGCAGCAUGGUCCGUCGCUGAUCGUCCGUUCGACUGGGCAAUCAUUCUGGGUGGAUCGAAUGAUAUCAACUGGAACAAGCCUGCAGAUGCAAUCAUUGCUGCGCUGAAGCAGGUUUGGGAAUUUCCCAUAGCAGAGGGCAGCCGUGUCCUGGCUAUGACAAUUCCAGAAUAUCGCGCCAAGAUCCAGAAGAUUGACGACAAAAGAGCAGCGGUCAACGAUGCAAUCAGGUCUUACGACCACGCAGCUUUUUCCUCUUUGGACCUUUACAAAGAGUUUCCGUACCACACCAUGAGCAGCGCAGAUCGUUCGAAAUACUGGGAUACAGACGGCGUGCACUUUUCCGCGGCUGGGUAUGACCUGAUGGGCGACAAGAUUGCGGAUGUCCUUAUACCGCUGAUCCAGUCUCGAUCAUGA